AUGGUGCUGCCGACCUCUCCCAGCCCCUCGUCGCCGUCCAGCAGCGGCAGCGCGGACGAGCUCGCGUCGCUGCUCGAGGCGGAGUUGGAGGAUGUGCGCGUCGACGAGGGGGACGAGGAAGCGGACGACGAGGAGCAGGGAGAGGGGGAAGCGGAGGAGGCGGAAGCGGAGGCGGGGGAGGCGGAGGAUGGGGAAGCAACAGCCGAUGCAAUAGGCGAUACAGUAGCGGAUUAUGACGAAACUGAUGCCGCCGACACAAUCGAGGACGAGGCGAUGCGGGAAGUGCCGGCUGCCGGCGGCGAUGACUCACCAGGGGGUGCGACGACGGGACCGUUCGAACCGCGGAAAGGGCUCGACGAGGAUGGCGGCGGGAAGCGGCGGCGGAUGUGCGGCGGCGGCGCGAGCGAGGGAGAGGCGAGUGCAGUAUUGGGCGCUGGGGGGAAGGAUGGCCGCGAAACUGACCGUGAAAGAGGCGCAAGUGCCGCCAGCGAUGGCCGGGGGAGUGGCGGAAAGGGGGGAAAGGAGCGCAAGAGCAGUGGAUGCCCACCACAUCCGGGGUUUAUGUGGGGCGUGUGCAUUCGGUGCGGUAUUCUCAAGGAGCGCGCGGAGGCGGACGAGGAGGCGGGGGAGGAAAGGGGCGCGGGAAUCGCGCGCGGUGGUGGAAGUGGUGGCGUGGCGGUGCGGGGUGGGCCUGGUGAUGGGGUCAGGGAGAAGCCGCCUAAGGCUGCUGCUGACGUGGCAGGCGGUGUAGCCCUUAAAUAUAUUCACCACGCGCUGGAGGUGUCAGCGGAGGAGGCGGCGCGCAUGGUGGGGGAGGAGCGGGCGCGCAUGGAGCGGCGGCGGCGGCUGUACCUGGUGCUGGACCUGGACCACACGCUGCUCAACUCCGCUCGCGACAUUGACGUCCCGCCCGCCCAUGAGGCCUACCUCGCUGCCGCCUACACCAUCGGCGGCGUGCCGCCUGCUCUGCCGCCUGCUUUGCCACCGGCUGCCCCACCUGCUGGGCUACCUGCUGGGCCUCACCCGCCCCCUGCUGUGUCACCGCCUGCUUCCCUUGCUACUCCUGCUGCUCCUGCUGCCGCGGCCUCUCCUCCUGCUCCUCCUGCCGCUGCUGCCGGUGCUGAUGCCGGUGCCAGCGGUGGUGCUGUGUGUGCGCGUGCAGCAGAGGCCACUGGGUCAGAAGCGCCCGCUCCUAGUGCUGCCACGGGGGGACAACCAGCAGGAGCGCCGGUAGCAUCAGGCGGGGAGGCGGGUGCUGCAGAGCCGGCAGCGGAGCAAAGGGAGCGGGGCACAAGCACAGGCGCAGGCACAGGUGACAACCCAGGGACUGCCCCCACUGCUGCUGCCACUACCGCUAGCCCCGCCUCUACCCCCGCCGCCCCUCCCCCCAUCACCCUCUUCCGCCUGCCCCACAUCCGCAUGUGGACGAAACUCCGGCCCGGAAUCGCAUCCUUCCUGCAGCGCGCGCACGACCUGUUUGACCUGGUGGUGUACACCAACGGCGAGCGCGCGUACGCACACGCCAUGGCGGCGCUGCUGGACCCCACAGGGCGGCUGUUUGGCGGGAGGGUGAUCUCGCACGGGGACAGCACGGUGCGCGGACUCAAGGACCUGGACGUGGUGCUGGGGGCCGAUAGCAUGGUGCUCAUUCUUGAUGACUCUGAAGUGGUGUGGCCGAAGCAUCGGCACAACCUACUCCUAGUGGAGCGGUACCACUUCUUCGCCAGCAGUCGCCAGCACUUCCUGCUGCCGGGGCCGUCGCUGCUCGAGUCCCAUGUGGACGAGGCCGAUGAGGGCGGGCUGCUCGAUGCCCUCUGGACGCCACUCUCCCGCACGCACCAAUGGUUCUUCCAGCAGGUGGACCAAGGGCGGCAAUCAGCAGACGUGAGACAGAUCCUAGCGCAGGAGCGUGCCACCAUCCUAGCAGGCUGUCACCUGGUCUUCAGCCGGGUCUUCCCCACCGACGCUUCCCGCCCGCAAACCCACCCGCUCUGGCGCAUGGCCGAAUCCAUGGGCGCCACGUGUCACACCCAGAUUGGCCCGCAGAUCACGCACGUGGUCGCGCUGGACUGCGGCACGGAUAAGGCCAUCUGGGCCGUGUCACAGAAGCGCCACCUGGUGCAUCCUGGUUGGCUGGAGGCCUCGCUGCUGGUGUGGAAGCGGGCAGAUGAAAAAAAGUUUCCAGUGGACUGGGGGAAGGGGCGGGCAGGGUGGUGCCCGAGCAUUCAAGUGGUGGCAACGGUGCCUAUGCCGGCCAACGGUGCUGCUGUUGAGGGUGUAGGGGUGGCGGCGGCUGAAAAGGAUGAGGAGACAAAUAGGAGCUCAGCAGUACCCGAGGGCUCAGGAGGUGCAGCAGCAGGAGAGGGGGGGUCUGGGAAUGAGAGUGGGAGUGGUAUGGUGGGGAAAGAGUCGGAGGAAGUGGUUGGGAGUGCAGAGGCAGUGGAUGGGAGUGGUGCAGAUGCGACAGACAAACAAGUGUAG